AUGGCUUAUCCAAACCGCUUCUACAUCGGCUUGUUGCUGAUAUGGGCAGUCGCGUCAUCAACGUAUGCAGAAUUCAAGACGUGUUUGAUAUCGUCUGGUUCAUCCGUUUCAGACAAUGAACUCAUGAACGCUUUGUACCUGGCAGACCCUAAUGCUGAAACCGGUUACCUGGACCUGACAGUCUAUGGUGACAAUGUCAGUGCUAUGUUGGUGAAGAACACAUUGAGCUACGACUCCUGGUUAGCAAGAGAACACGAUGCUCGAGUUGACCUGGUCAACCUAUGGUCCUACCUCAACUAUAUCACUGUGUCGGAUAUGUUCGAGCUCUACUCCCAUUACAAAGUUGUCAAUCAAGGGGGCAGCAAACCAAGAGGAAUAAUCGACUUGGACUCCAUUGCUAAUUCAUUCGCAGAUGCGUGUUGGAGUUGGGACAAUGUAAAAGACACAUGGCCUUACAGCUGCAUGGAUUCCGCCUUCUUCUGUAACAUGCAGUAUGGUCUUGAUGCAAUGAAGCAGUUGAUCGUAGAAACCAAUUGGCAAUACGAUAAUGGUCGAUGGGUACAAGAAGUGUCCAUCAAAUCCUUAUCAACCAUUAACGCAAAGUCAAAGCUAGGUGUAGAUUCAGCCUCACGAUCCGUCGUAAUUGAAACCCUUUUCCACCAAGAUAUAUUGGAGUUUAUUCCCGAAUCUGUACAGGACAACGUCUUUUAUCAUUCACGACUCAUGUGGGAAUCUCUUGAAGAGCUUAUGAAAGGAAAGUCUUCGUUCGACAAGUGGAUACGUAAUUGGCAAUAUGUUGGAUUUGAGGCAGUUGAAGAUCAAGUCCAAAGAAAGUGUUCAGACAGGUCAGGGCAACCAGUCGCCCAAAAAUACUAUUGCAAAGCUAAAGACUUCGCCGCAAAAAUCCGAACCUGCGCUGGUCUAUCGGACGUCACUCCAUGCGUGUACGACAACGCCGUUCAAGAAUAUUUUGUCAGAGGUCGAUUUGCAGACAACGACGAACUGAGCCUUAUCAAUUCUGUUAUUUCUACAACUCAAACUGUCUUGACGGAGUUCAAGGAUAAAGUCGUAGCUAACGAUCGCAAUGGUCUCAACUCGCUAUACAACACAUACAAUCCUUAUAUUACCGUAGACGACUCCAUGUGCCACAUAGAUUGGCCCAGCGCAUUCGACUGUACUAACAACAUCGGAUGUAAUUCCGUCGUCAGUUCGCACGGAUUUGACUGUAAUGGUGGAUACACCUGUAGAAUCAACAUGAUGUACAGAUUUGACUGUUUGCUGAAGUUCGUUCUUAAACAGACAAAACAGCUCGUGGACGUUGCAGCCAGUGGAAACUGGGGGAGAUCUGAAGUUAUCAAAGCUAAGAAUGACUUAAUGAUAUGGCUAUCAUAUAUACCAAUGGCUCGCUACACAAGUUUAGCUGGCAACGAAAUCAACGAUGUCAUCAUAGAUACACAGAACACAAUCAGAGGAUACGUUACUAGCUACGACACUCAGGGACUCGAGACUUUCGUCACCAAUUUGCCCCACAUGAGCUUUGUUCCUCAGUGGGCAAAGGAUGCGGCUUGUCAGCAAGCUUCCGUCCCUUCAGAGUAUACAAUAUUCUGCAACCUGGAUCCUUUGUUAAAUAGUGUUUUCCUUUUCAUCCAGGCCUUUGAAAAUAGCAAGCAGUCGACGACGAAGAUUCUGAACCCAACUAUAGACUAUCGAACCCUUCUAGAUCAGCUCCAACUUGAUAGAGCAGCCCACCUGAUCAAUGUACAGACAGAAACAAUCUCCAACCAGUUCAGAGGUGAGGUACAAACAAACUUUCAAGAGCUGUCCAGCUAUUUUUCAUCUCUAGCGGACUACGAUAAAACCAAGGCCGAUGCAGAUAUUGCCUACAUUGAUGGUCAACUUGAGGUAUUCAAGGCCAAAAUUACAUCUGUUUCUAAUUCAGUUGAACAUAAGUUCACUACAAUCCUUAACUUAGCCAUUGGAAUCAAUGUAGCGGAGCUACUUCAGAAAACUGUUAAGGUCGGAGUGGCAUUGGCAUCAAUGGCAAAUCCGAUUGGUAAGAUUAUUGGUGAUUCAAGUGUCCUUGAUUUCAUGGACGCACUAAAUGACUUAGCCCAAGCAGGAGUGACGACAGCAGUUAUUGCUCGGUUGAGCGACCAAGAGUUUCCAGAUCUAAUACAGCAAGCAAUUGAUCUAGGAACAAAAUUUGCCGAUAAUGAAGGUCAGUUGGGGGAUGCAAGAAUAUUUAUUGAUAAAAUGAAAGAUGGGGAAGACGCCGUAGAUACAGCAAACGAUUUUCUCGGAAAAUACAACGAUUACACGCCUAAAGUCUUAUUGGCUGAUAUUACUUCUUUUGGGGCAAAAUGGGAGACAGUCGCUGAAGACCUCUGUGAAGCUGCCUUUUCGGCCGAAUCAGCCGGAAGUGCAUUGAUAGAAAUCGGAUUAGCUAGUACUGGUGACUGUGUUAAUGUCGGAAAUGAGAUUGAAGAAUUGAUAACCUACUAUGAAGAGCUUUACGAGUACCAAUUUGAUUUCAUGGACUCUUUGUCAGACGCUGCUAGAGCCUACCUCGCCUACAAGAAAGCCAACGACCUUAAGUCUGCCUACACCAAUACCAAUAGCUUGAACCAAGCUUUCUUGAAACAAACCGCUGUAAAUGCAUUUAUGGUAUCAACACUGAAUGUUUGGGAAGUUGUUACUGAAUACUGCGAUGCUCUUACCUACACAAGAGGCGGAGAAAUACCUGAUAAAUGUGAAACAGCUUUGAGGGCUCCGUCCCACGACGCCGUAGCACAAGUCAUCAGUUACACACCGGACCCUCUCUGUCAUAUCAACAAUGAAAUAACCGACUUCCGAGACAUUCCCACGACACCGGCCAAUGCUAAUGAUCAAGGUUACAUAGAUCUUAAUGCUCUUUACGCUCGAGAAACCGUUACAUUCAGGAUACCCAAUUUUCAAUGGUUGAGAGACAAUGGUUGGUUUGGUCCACAUGACCUUGAGAAGGCCGUAUACAUUAAACGCUUUGAGGUAUUCCUUCCGCCAUUGUCUGGUCAAGAAGAGCAUCUAGUAGAAGUUGAAGCUCAACCUGAUAUGGCCAACUACCUUCGACCUGAUGGAACCAAUUGCUGCGACUUAUGCUUGCUGAACCAAAAAGAUUAUGAAUUAGAAUUUAUUUAA